GGAAGUGACAAGUGAUACGUGUUGUUGUCGUUGGUGGUUAGCGCGGUAAAUUCGUGUUGUGGAGUAAUAAAAGUUUGUGGUGGCCGAACAUAAACUGCGGUCGAGGAAUGUUUUGCCCGUUUUGUGGCAAACACAUGAGCAGCUUAGCUUAACGUGGUGUUGUUUUACGUGCGGUCGAUGUUUGGAGUUUUUAAAGGACGCAGACCAGACGGAAACACCUGGGAGGUCUCGACCGCCGGACCUUGCCAAGCAAGAACAACAAAGCCCAUCGCACAAACAUUUCAUGGAGUACAAAAGCUCGAAGUCAAAAGAUCGGCAAUCUUUUAACGAUGGGCCAAAAGGAAAACACAAGCCUAAAGAAAGAAAACAAGUCCAGGUAAAUGUAGGAGUGAUGGUGCCACAUGGAACUGAUUUAAAACCUCUAAGGGGGAAAACACUUCUGUUAUUUACAGACCCCGAUGUAGCAGCACCUGAUCUGCUAAAACAAGCUGUAGAGAAAAUAGGAACAUUUAUCAUGGACAUGCCAGAAGGACCUUACGUCCUUUUAUAUCACGACUGCUCAGAGGUGGUUUAUGUGCCUGGGUCAGAAAGGCCAUUCAAAUUGUCAGAAUAUAAAAAGGAAGUAGGAAAGCCAUAUGCCAGGAUCACUUUUUUUAUUUGUCUAGAAAAACACUAUAAAAGAGUGGAUGAUACCUCGGACUCUGACUCUGAAAUUGUCAUCACAACAAGGAGCACAGCUAAAUUCAAUCAAGCCGACACUUUGCGAAAAUUGGUUCCUGUGGUUCCAGCUGUUGCAGUGGAGGGUUUUCACGCUUCUGCUUCGGUUCCAAAGAAAAACACUACAAAUAAUGCGGAUUGCAUAGUUGGCAGCAAUGAAGAACUUGAUUUCUGUGACCAGGACAGUGUGGCAUCCAGUGUGGACAGCUCAGCAGAAGACAUGUUUAUUGACGAUAUGGACCCUAUUCUAGACCGUAGGCCUUCAUCAGACCUUUACCUGCCAGAAGAGGACUACGAUUCAAAAGACGCUCUACAACACAGAAAGAGACUUUGCCUGUCUUCUGCUGAAGGAGGCGACAGGAAAAGUGAAAAUGGUUUCUAUUGGACUGAAACAGAAAAGUGGCAAAGCUCAGAUGAAGCAGACGUUGAGCCACCUCUGCUGGUCUUCACACCCAACCAAAAUCCUGGCCCUCAGAUUUUACCAAACAGGUGCUCCAGCGCUCUGCAGUUUUUUCAGCUUCUUUUCCCAAAGUCAAUGUUUCAGACCAUUGCAGGCUACACAAACAGCUAUGCAGCCAAGUACGAAGAGAGAAAGGGCAAGUUGUGGAACUUCAUUAGUCAAAGUGACAUGAAGUCGUACGUAGCGCUGGUAAUUUACAUGGGCAUGUUCAGAUGCUCUUCACUAUCAGACUAUUGGAGUGAGUCCCAGCACUUCAGUCUGUCCUUUCCUGCAAAAAUCAUGUCUUACAGGAAAUUUCUGUCCAUUUCCAUAGUUCUUCAUCUGAGCGAAAGCAGAGAGGAUGAGAAGAACAUCUUAAAGAAGGGAACAGCAGGUUACGAACGUCUGGGUAAAAUCCAGCCUCUGUACCAAGUCAUUAGGGAGUCCUGCAAAUCAUACUUUCAUCCCUUUCAGAACAUCACCAUUGUUGAACGAAUGGUCAAACCACAGGCUGGAACUGGACUCAAACAAAGCCUGAAAAGCAGAUCUCCAAAUAUGGGGUUCAAACUCUUUGCACUGACAGACUGCACCUGCGGCUAUACGUGGGACUUCUUUGUUUACGAGGGGAAGUCGUGUGCGUCACGGAGCGAGGGAUUAAGCUAUGAGACUGUGAUGGCGUUAGUGGAUGAGAAUAUGUUGGGUUCUGGGUACAAAUUGUUUGUAGACAAGUUUUACACCAGCCCCACACUCUUUACAGACCUUCUGGACAAAAAGGUCUUGGCUUGUGGCCCUGUUUGGCCAAACAGGACCGGUUACCCAAAAUCAGUUAAGAACAAGCUGUUAUCGAAUGCUCCACGUGGCACCAUGCGUUGGAUUAGACAAGACAAGCUGCUGUUUGUUGAGUGGAAAGACUCCAGGGAGGUGCAGAUGUGCUCUUCAUUCCAUAAAGCCUAUGAAGGUGAUACUGUGCAGAGGAAAGUGAGGCAGGAUGCACAUCGAACCCUUGAGGAGAUCCCCGUUCCAGCUGUGGUGCUGGACUACAGCAAGAACAUGGAAGCAGUGGAUUCAUCUGAUUGCGUCACUGAACAUUUCAGAGCCAUACAUAAACCCAAAAAGUGGUAUCAAUGCAUGUUUUAUCACUUUCUGGACAUCGCUGUAGAGAAUGCCUUCAUCAUGCAGGAACUAGUGACCAAGGGAAACGGCAAGAAGCCUUUAACACGAAAAGCGUUCUUGCAAGCCCUCAUUUUAGAGCUUACAGAUAUAGAUAGUCUGGAUUCUGCAGCAGUUCCCUUGAGUCUCUCUUCAUCAGGAUAAUCCUCAGCUACAUUCCACAGGUCAUGCUGACAGCGCUGCUGGGAGAAAGUGUUACCUCCAGUCAUGUGUAACAUGAUAUGAUGAUGUUCUUUCAGCCUGAGAUGGACCAUUCUAAUGACGGCUUAAAGUCUUCUUGAAGCAAAUGUAAAAGGUGUUUUUGCAUUUAUUUUUUGCCUUGAUUUGAAAUUAAAUGUUUUGUUUGUUGUAUUGAAAGGCUGAAUAAAUAUGUGUUGAAUGGC